AUGAGUGGAGACAAGCCAGAGCAGGAGAAUCUUCAGGACACAACUACAAUAAACCUGAAGAGACGCAAGAGAGUAAAGGAGAGCAAAACUGCCUCCAAGCCACCCCAAGUCUAUCCACAGAUGAAAUGUAAGCUAAGGUGUUUGAAGCUAAGAAAGCUGGCACAUUUGUUGUCUUUGGAAGACAACAUAUUAAGCUUGUGCGAGCCAGACAAAUCCUCUGAGGGAUCAAACAGCCAAAAACAUGUUGUAGAGCAACUUCGUGGAAGCCCCCUCUCUGUUGGAACUCUUGAAGAAUUUAUCGAUGACCAUCAUGCAAUAAUUACCACUGGCGUUGGCCUGGAGUACUAUGUUAAUAUCAUGUCUUUUGUCGAUAAGGACUUGCUUGAGCCUGGAUGCACUGUUCUUUUAAAUUACAAGGAUAAUAGCGUCGUGGGUGUUUUGGAGGGAGAAAUGGACCCAAUGGUCAAUGUAAUGAAGUUAGAAAAAGCACCUUCAGAGACAUAUGCCGACAUUGGCGGGCUUGAGGACCAGAUACAGGAGAUCAAAGAAAGUGUCGAGCUUCCGCUGACGAAUCCAGAGCUCUACCAAGAAAUGGGAAUAAAGCCUCCGAAGGGAGUGAUUCUGUAUGGACUUCCGGGAACCGGAAAGACCCUCCUGGCUAAGGCCGUUGCAAACCAAACGUCUGCAACCUUCCUUAGGGUUGUUGGUACAGAGCUAAUUCAAGAGUAUCUUGGAGAGGGACCCAAGCUUGUGAGGGAGCUCUUCAGAGUUGCGGAUAUGCAUGCUCCAUCAAUAAUCUUUAUUGAUGAGAUAGAUGCAAUUGGAGGAAGGAGAUACAACACAUCUUCUGGAGGGAGGAGAGAGGUUCAAAGAACAAUGCUGGAACUACUAAAUCAACUCGAUGGAUUUGACACCAGGAAUGACAUUAAGGUAAUAAUGGCUACUAACAAGAUAGAGGCCCUUGACCCUGCUUUGAUCAGGCCGGGGAGAAUUGACAGGAAAAUCGAGUUCGGGAUGCCAGAUGCUGCUACGAAGAAGAAGAUAUUCGAUAUCCAUACGUCAAAGAUGACUCUAGAUGAGAGUGUGAAUAUUGAAUCAUUGAUAACAAGUAAGGAAGAUCUAAGUGGAGCGGACAUAAAGGCGAUCUGCACGGAAGCUGGAAUGAUAGCAUUGAGAGAAAGAAGAAAAACAGUCACCAUGAAGGAUUUCAUUUCUGCCAGGGAAAAAGUGUUCUUUUCAAAACAAAAAGUAAUAUCUGCCGGACUUUAUUCUUGA